AACUCAACACAUUUUGGCGAUAAUAUUCUUCCAAAGAGUUGUCUAUUCAUUGGCCACAGAGAUAUUGUGCUAUCAUCUUUUAACUCAAGGAUAACUUUGUGCCAAUCCAAUUCCAUUUUUGGAGUCGUAUCGUGAAUGACAAGUGCAUAUGGUCCACUUGACACUACACCAGAAUGGAUGGAAAGACAAAAAGUAUUGGAUCGUCUGAUUCCUCUGAGUAACUUGUAUUUAAGGGAUGCAACUCCUGUUCGUAUUGUCCAGUUGCGCAGAGAAUGUACAAAGUUAUGUGAACAAGCACAAUUAUUGCUCAACUUGGAAAUAGAAGCAGGGUCCUAUCCUCAAGACAAAACGCUGGAUAUGGAAGGAUUUUGCAACUACUAUCUUUCCUAUUUUGCUUUUGCCUGCAUAGAGGAUGUCGAACACCAUAAUGACGAUUCCGUCGAUUUGUUGGGAAGCUUUUACAUUAAGCCCAACUUUCCUGGAAGAAGUAGUCAUAUUUGUAACACUGGUUUCUUAGUGCAACCCCAAUGGAGAAGAAAAGGAGUUGGUUCUGUGAUGGAAAAGGCGUUUAGUUGGUUAUCUUUCCAGCUAUUCUUUCGUGCGGCAUUUUUCAAUCUGGUGUAUGUUGAUAAUGAAGCUUCUGUUGGAUUUUGGAAAAAACAUGGAUAUCAAAUAGUCGGCGUCAUUCCCUGUGCAAAAAAGGUGAAAAGAGAUGAUGGUACCAUCAGUUAUGUAGAUGCGUUGAACAUGUUUAAAGAAUUCUGUCCUUAAGCAUAUUCAUUGAUGUUAUAUGCUCAAAACUUACAAAAAAGGAAUAUUUCUCCACUCGUUUCUGGACCAUCAGUCAAUCAUCACACAACUUAGAUCAUCAAGUAUAUGGAGAAGACGUAUUAUAUUGAUUGUAAUGCAUAUUAGAAUGCGAAAUGCAAAUAUCUCACCCAAAGUCCGCAUAAUGACGACUAACUCUUGAAAGAUAAAAAAUGAUGUUUAGAG